AGCAGACGAGAUUUCGGGAAAACCCUCGCAAAGGAAGGCUGCCGGCUGCAGGGCGCUCACAGCUGAAGGCAUGCUCGCUUCGUUUUCGCAGCUCGCUCACGGGGCAGAUUAACUGGGACUUCGCUCGGGACGUGAAGGCUGGCCACCCGAACCGAGAAAGCAGCUGUCAGUGUGUCGGUCCGAGGGCUGGCGUCCGCCCGCGCGGCCAGGUCUCAAAGCAGCGAUAAGGGAAGAGCUGAGCAGUCCUCUUCUUCCAUGCACCUGCGAUGGCGUCUGCCAUGAAGAGCUUGAUCACCAACCACGGCAGAUAUGUUGAGUCUUUCCGCAUCUUCCUGAAGAACUCAACCGAGCACCAGUGCAUGCAGGAAUUCAUCGAGCAGCAGCUGCCCGGUGUAAUAUCCAGUAUUGGAAAUGGGAAGUCUACAAUCAAUAUUCUAAGUGUCGGUGGUGGUGCAGGUGAGAUUGACCUGCUGAUGCUCUCAAAAGUGCAAGCCAGGUACCCAGGGGUCACCAUCAACAACGAGGUGAUAGAGCCAAGUGCUGAGCAAAUCUUCAGCUACAAAGAGCGUGUAGCGAAGACAUCAAACCUCGAGAACAUAAAGUUUACCUGGCACAAGGAGACAGCUUAUGAAUAUGAAAGUCGAAUGAAUGCAGAAAAAGACUCUAAAAAAUGGGACUUCAUUCAUAUGGUUCAGAUGCUGUACUAUGUGAAAGACAUCCCGGCUACCAUCCGGUAUUUCCACCGGCUCUUGGAGGCACAGGCGAAGCUCCUCAUCAUCCUGGUGUCAGGAGCCAGUGGCUGGGAAACACUGUGGAAGAAGUAUGGGUCUCACUUACCUCUAAACGAUCUUUGCUUUUACAUUACCUCUGCUGACAUCGAAGCGAUCCUCAACUCAGCAGGGCUGAAGCACCAGCUUUACGAGCUCCCGUCCCACAUGGAUAUAACCAGCUGUUUCACGGAGGGGAACACAGAUGGGGAGCUGUUGCUGGAUUUUUUGACAGAAACUUGUGAGUUUUCUAAAACUGCUCCUCCUGAACUGAAACAGCAAAUAAUGGAAGAAUUAAGAAAGCCUGAAUGCAGCGAAGAAAGAGAUGGAAAGGUGCUUUUUAACAACAAUCUGAGUGUAAUAGUGAUAGAGCCAUGAAUUAACUUUAUCUCUUUUCUUCAUCCAAAAGCAAAGUCAGACACAAACUGCUAACAGCUGAAAUAAGUCAGAAAUUUUCUUGCUUUAUGAAUGAUUUAGUUUACUUCAGGAUGGAUGAAUACCUUCUGGAGCCUGUUAAGAAAUCAGUAUUAAUGUCUGUUGUUAUAGGUGAGCUUUUAAUACGUGAUUAAUUCUGUACUAAUCUAUGCAUGCAGAACUUACUAAACAGUGCUUUAUUGUACGGAUAAUCAAGAUAGGUAUAACUUGGACCAUCGACUAAAGCAGUGCAGAAACCAGUCCAUAUACUGUGACUGAUGCAUAAGAAAUAAUAAUGGCCUGCAUGCAAUGUUAUCGUCAUCAGUUAAAAACUCUCCGCAGAGCAAAUAUGCAAUUUACAGUUUCUCAGUGCAGCUUGCAAAACCUGGGGCUCCGAACAGCCAACUGUUUGGAUGGUUGCUCAACUAGAUUUCUUCAACUUGUGGUGAUUUUGAAAUAUCGUACCUCUAGCUACUGUGAAAGUAGCCGCACGUCUUGAGAAAGCGUGGCAGUUGCCUGCGUCUGUCUCUGCAGUUAAUGCCGUUUAACAGCACUGCUUCCCUGGUCCGGUGUUUUCACUUUAUUUUUAUGGCAUUGCAUCUGCAGUGUCCCGGGGCUGCAGAAGGGAGGUGCUCUGAGAUGGUCAUGGUGCAGGAGUGGCACCAGCUGCAUUGGCGAGGUGGACUUUGCUAACAGAUCCUGCUACAAACCAUUAUUAGGAACGAGUUAUUGCUGUUACCCAGGGCUUAUCUUGUAUUUUUAAUUAAACAUGCAAAAUUCUGGUGCCGGCCUCUAAAUAGCCUUGUAGCAAGGGCCACAUACGGCUUGUCAACUUUGUAAUGUGAAAGAUGUUAAAAUAAAUUCAGAAACCAAA